CGCUUAGUCUCUGACCGAGGAAUCCCAGGCACCGUUUAAUUGCAGAGUGCAAAGGCUUGAGUUGGGCUAAUGAGCUCAGCACCCGGAGCCGGAGACUCUUUCACGCAUUCUCUGAGAGAAGGAAACCCCGUUUGGAAGUCCUUUAUCGGAGGACCCUCUCACGGCGGCUGGAUUCACAAGGUAGUUGGGAAAAGGAGGAAUUCUCAGAUUCAGGUACAGUCGACUAUGUGAGAGAAUAUACCAGAGGCAAGAGACGGAGUAAGAGGUGGGGAAAGAGAGGAGAGCGGGAGAGGGAAGGGGAGGGGAGGAGGAAACGGGAAGUACGCUGCCAGAGAGGGAGAGAGAGAGAGGCUGGAAGCCUGCAGCAGCAAAUGAGACAGAACAACGAGGCGGGAGAGGUAGAAAGAGAGAGACAGAGAGGGAGGGAGGGAGGUGGAGAGGGGCCCCGUGUAGGAGAGAGGGCUGCAGGGUGAGGAAGGAGAAGGAGAAGGGGUAAGGAAAAGUUAAGAGAAGUGGGCGAAAGAGGGGGGGAAAGUACGGACGCAAAGAUUAACAGCUACAGGAGGGAAGACGAAGAAGAAGAAGAAGAAGAAGAAGAAGAAGAAGAAGGGAAACAACAGACAGGAAGGAAGGGGAGGGAGAAGUCUCGAGUAAAAAAAAAAAAAAACUGGAGAAAAGUUUUCUUGUGGGAAGAAGCAGAUGAGGAAAACAGAGCGCGUGAAUGACUGGGCUGGAGAGAGCUGGGAGGGGAGGAAACCAGUUGUUUUCUAAGGCGUUUUCUACACAAGUCUCUGGACUUCUUUGGACAUGUACACAGAAGGCGCACAAACAACGGGACACCACCGAUUUCUCCAGCACAGCACCACCGCCGCCACCACCGGCCCCUGUCCCUGCCAGCACUGCGGCCACUAUCAGCAGCCCUACGGCCGUCAUGGUGGGCUGGGAUACGAGCGAGCAUCAGCCAGGCAGACGGACCACCCAUCACCCACGGACGGACGGAGAGACGCCCAGGCUCCUCGGGUUAGAGACGUAGGAGGCAGAGGUUUCGUAGUGGACAGAGCUGAGGGAAGCGGUCAUCGCAGCCCACAGAGGAGGCCUGUGUUCGCAGGGCUGGGCCCUCGCAGCCAGUCGGGUGACUUGAGCCAAGUCUUCCCCUGGGAGCUGAACCCUGCCCAGUGGAACUACCCACCGGAGCCGGGGGUGAGACACUAUUCAUGUGUCAGAGAACAGUGCGGCUGUGUGGUGCCCAGCGACGCCCGGGCACACCCCUUUAUUAACACCGGGAUACCACAUCCUCUGCCUCAUCUUCAGGUCAAAGGUCAGGGCUACAGACACAAGAGGACAGUCAGGUACGUCUCCGUGGAUGAGGAGGGAGGCUGCGGAUGCACCUCGGAGAAAUACCAUGUGGAGCUGCACGAUAUCCUGCCGGGACAUUUGCUCGUGCCGAACGGCCACUACUGUGGGCCGAGGCCUGCGUUCUUUGACGGAGGGGAGGAAAGAGAUCCCCAUCAGGACCGGGGCAGACCCAAGGGCGGAUCACAGGAGGGAUUUAACGGAUGCGACGGCUCUCACAAAGCCUUCUUCCCCACCGAAGUCCCACAGAAGCACCUGAGCCAAAGCAGGCGGAAGGGGCCCUUCGUCCCUUCCGCCAGCGUCGCCGGCCCGGAAGCCUCGAACCCUCAGACAGCCAGCGACGACCACCAGCGCCAGGGAUCGGAGGUGGCGACGCAGAGGAGCAGGCAGGAUUGCGUGAGGGCUCAAAUCCGACAGGUGGUGACAGAUCUGGAGGACGUGCUGGGGGGUUUGAAGCAAGUUCACGUCGAGAUGAAAGAGGUGGUUGAGCAGAUCGAUCGUCUCACGGCCAGUAUCGACCUCAGCGAGGAGGCGCCCUCCAUCACUCGGGGGUCACCUAAUAACUUUCACGACUCGGUUCAUUCGGGCGAGCUCAGGGUGGCCCCCGCGUCCAAUCACAAGCCCGCCUCGGCCCUGGCGCCGCAGCACGCCGACGAAGACCGCAUCAUCCUCAGGACCAACUCGCCCUCGCCCGUCCACAUGGCGUCGGUCGUCAAAACCAGCCGCUUCACCCCGCCCGGCCUCAGCAAGGACGGCGAAGGUAGGCCCGGCGUGAACGGCCACCCCCCUCACCUGUACAAGCCCAGAGACUCCGAGCCCCACCCGCAGACCCUAGACCCUAAGGUCAUCAUCGGUAACAGCACCUCCAAUCCGAGGACUCAAAAGCCUCCGCCUUAUCCCCAAAACGGUCGGUGCGGGAAGGGCCCGUACCCGCCCCCGAAGCCUGUGAGGACCCCCGCUUACGCUGGGAGAGGCCGCCAGAGCGCCAGCAUGGUGUGAGGGAAGGGAGGGGGGUGGUGGUCUGCCCCAGUGCCAUGGGGGCCUGAAACAUGAGACCCUGCUGCAGUGAGUGGAGGUCAGAGAGGAACCAGGCAGGGGAACAACUCAUGCAGGAGCUGGUGCCACUGAGACACGCUGUCAGCCGGUGGAAACGGAGGCCGGCCUGAAGGUGGGGAUAUUUCCAAAGGGAAAACUGCUCCGAGAGUCGACCUGCGACUGCAUGUCGCGCCGGCACGGGAGCGUUCGGGAGAGGCAGUCUGCGCUGGUGAUGUGUGACAAAUACGGAGAAGAACAACCUGAUACUCAACAAGCAUCAUCUGCAUAUCUCAUGACAGUGUUAAUUUAUUUUGUAUUUUUUUUUUUUAUAUAAAUAACAAAUGUUUUCAGGCAGCUUAUAUCCACCUGGAUACUACCUAACCUAGUGUGUACUAUAUAAAGAUUGAAAUUUACAGUAAAUUCUCUUGCACUUUUCUCAUCAAAUCAGUCUGAAGUUAUUUAAUUCUAGAGAAGUUGCACUGACUUCUGAAUGUCCUAGAUUGGAAUAUAAAAAAAUAAAAUAAAAAUAAAAAUAAAAAAGAUCCAGCAUUUGA